ACAAAUUUGCCGCAACCUUUAAAUGUCAUGGCGAAUCUAUGUUUUUCGCCUUAGAUGCCAAUUUUGACAUUUGAGGGGACCACAAAAGUUACUUUGUUGUAGCAAUUCGCCGAUGCGGUUACCUGUUAGAUCUACCUUGGCCGCAACUAUUUCACUUUGCUUGCUGUAAUAAAAUUGUAUAUCUUGGCAACUCUGUAUUCUGUAUUUAUUGGCGCCGCUGGUGCGUGUAUUUUUGCAAAAGUUUUCUGUUUUUGGCAAUAUUUGCAUUUUUUCAUCCAAUAAAGUUAUAUUAAAUUCCUUAAGAAAUUGUUAUUAUGACAAAUAAUCUGAAAGUACCGUUGGAAUGGAAGAGACGUGUUAAAAAGGAAUAUAUGAAAAUUCGACAGCAGAAAAGAUACAAAAGGGCGGAUGAAAUAAAGGAAGCAUGGAUAAAGAAUUGGGACGAACACAAUUACAAUGUUCAAGAUCUGUAUUGUGAGCCGAAGGUUUGGCAGGCCCAACCAUAUGAUCCACCGCAUGUGGACUGCGUCAAAAGAGCAGAAGUGACAAUUUAUAACGGAGGUGGUACCCAACAAGUGCCAAUAUGUGUAAUAAAUGCUGUCACGCCUAUUCCAACAAUGUACACAUGGGCCCCCACUCAGCAAAAUUUCAUGGUUGAAGAUGAAACCGUCCUCCACAAUAUUCCCUAUAUGGGUGAUGAAGUACUCGAUAAGGAUGGUAAAUUUAUUGAGGAAUUGAUAAAGAAUUAUGAUGGCAAGGUACAUGGCGAUAAAGAUCCCUCAUUUAUGGACGAUUCAAUAUUUGUGGAGCUAGUGCACGCGUUAAUGAGAACAUAUCCAAAAGAAAUUGAAGAAAUUACUGGCGCUCCCUUAAAAAUUGAAGUAAUAAAAAAUGAUGAGAUAAAGGAUAUGCAGAAAAACGAGGAUAAGGAUGCAAGUACUAGCGAAAAAGAAAAAAAUGAAAAGCAAAUAGAUUCUGAAAAUGAUGUCAAAGAUGCAAAAAUUCUUGAAGAAGGUGAAAAAAUCAUAGCCGAGAAGAAUAGCAAUGAUGAAAAAGACAUUGCAUCUGGCGAAAGUACAGAAAAGACGACUACAGAUAAUCUUACAGAGAAACUUCCUUUCCCUCCUCCGAUAAUAUUUCAAGCCAUUAGCUCAAAUUUUCCCGACAAAGGAACGUCGCAGGAACUCAAAGAAAAAUACAUUGAGUUGACAGAACACCAAGAUCCAGAGCGGCCGCAGGAAUGUACACCAAAUAUUGAUGGUGAAAAGGCAGAAAGUGUUUCACGUGAAAGAACACUUCAUUCUUUCCAUACAUUGUUCUGUAGGCGUUGCUUCAAAUAUGAUUGUUUUUUACAUCGUCAUCCAACUCACGGUUUUCAAGUAGGACAUUCUGGACCAAAUUUGCAAAAACGACGUUUUCCUGAAAUGAAACCAUUUACUGAACCAUGUAGCAACAAUUGUUAUAUGCUCCUGGAAGGAAUGAAGGAGAAACUCGCAGCUGACAACAAAACACCGCCAAUUGAUUCUUGCAACGAAGCAAGUUCGGAAGAUAGUAAUGAUAGCAACAGCCAGUUCAGUAAUAAGGAGUUUAACAAUGACCAAACUAAAGAAAAUGGAACUGUAACAAGUGCAGCUUCUGCAGAAAUAAAUUCUAUAAUGGCGGGAAUGAUGAAUACCUCGAAUGUCAAAUGUGACUGGACUGGAGCGGAUCAAUCGCUAUUUCGGACUUUACACAAAGUAUUUCUAAAAAAUUAUUGUGCUAUUGCCCAGAUAAUGUUGACCAAGACAUGUGAACAGGUGUAUGAAUUCGCACAAAAAGAGGCCUCUGAAUUUAGCAUCGAAGAACUUCGACAAGAUUAUACUCCACCUCGUAAGAAGAAGAAGAAGCAAAGGUUGUGGUCAUUGCACUGUCGUAAAAUACAACUGAAAAAGGAUUCCUCUUCAAAUCAUGUCUAUAAUUAUACACCUUGUGACCAUCCCGGUCCUUGUGACAUGAAUUGUUCAUGCAUACAGACUCAAAACUUUUGCGAAAAAUUCUGUAAUUGCAGUAGCGAUUGCCAAAAUCGUUUUCCAGGUUGUCGCUGUAAAGCACAAUGUAAUACCAAACAAUGUCCAUGUUAUUUGGCUGUACGUGAAUGUGACCCGGAUCUUUGUCAGGCAUGUGGUGCAGAUCAAUUUAAGCUUACAAAAAUUACUUGCAAAAAUGUUUGCGUUCAGAGGGGCCUACAUAAACAUUUACUCAUGGCACCCUCAGACGUCGCCGGUUGGGGUAUUUUCCUAAAGGAAGGAGCCCAGAAGAAUGAAUUUAUUUCGGAAUAUUGCGGUGAAAUAAUAUCACAGGAUGAGGCCGAUCGACGAGGAAAAGUUUAUGACAAAUAUAUGUGUUCAUUCUUGUUUAAUUUAAACAAUGAUUUUGUCGUUGAUGCUACGCGCAAAGGCAAUAAAAUACGUUUUGCGAACCAUUCCAUCAAUCCUAAUUGCUAUGCCAAGGUAAUGAUGGUGACCGGCGAUCAUCGAAUAGGCAUUUUUGCUAAACGAGCCAUACAGCCUGGAGAGGAGCUGUUCUUUGAUUAUAGAUAUGGACCUACCGAACAAUUAAAAUUCGUAGGUAUUGAACGUGAAAUGGAAAUUGUUUAAAUAUUUGAUUGGAAAUUUGUUUUAUAUUUUAUUAAACAUUUCUGAAAAUAAUUUCAUAAAAAUAAAUAUGGAUUAAUCGUACAUCUAAA